AUGUCUUUACGAAUUCCACCGCUCCUUGAGCCAUACUUAGCGCUCCCCUCAGAAGCAUCUCUGAUUCUCCUGACCAGCGUUCUGGGCGCCAGCUCGAAUUGGCUCGUCCUGCGAUUUCUUCAUAGCUCUUUGACUGGCUCAGAUGGUUCCUCUGGUGCCGUUGAGGAUGAAUCGAAGGUGGUGUUGGUGAGCUUUAUGAGGGACUUGGCUUUUUGGAAGGAGGGCGGCAGGAGAUUGGGUUUGGAUUUUGAUAAGCUGGCUCUCAAGAAAAGAUUCGCUUUCGUAGAUGGCCUGAGCGGGCUGUUUCUUCCGCGGCAGAAUGUCGCUGCUUCGAAGGGAAUUGAGCAACGGGGUUUGAGCAGUCCAAAGCUUGAAAACGUGUCACAAGAGAUCCAAACUGCUAUUCAGGUAUUGAGGGAUAGCCCAGGCUCCGGCAAAGUACUGCUAGUGAUCGACCAGUUGGAUCUCUUGAUAGCGGCUGGGAGCGAGCAAAUCGGAGCCUGUAACGUGGGGGAGAUGUUGAUGGAUUUGAGGGAAGAUGUACAUGCAACCAUUCUUUCCAUCUCGGCCGACCAACCACUAGUAUCAGGUCACCACACGCCUCUCGAGUUGGACCAUGCCGCUUUUUUACUGAAUACAGCUCACCAAGCGGAUUUCAUCAUGGGUUUGAGGCUGCUAGAUACCGGGACCGCGAGGGAUGUUAGUGGCGUGCUGAGGGUCACAGUAGGGGACAAAACGGAGGAGGAUAAGAAAGAUAUCCAGAAAAGGAUGGAAGAGAGAGAACUGCUGUUCUUUGUGGGCGGAGAUGGCGGGGUGAAAGUCUUCGAGAGAGGUCAAUAA